UUAUCCAUUCCAUAGUUCACUAAUUACUUUGUCUACCAAAACAACUAGCAACCAAAAAAUUAAAAAGUGUGAGUCCAUCGUCAUCGUCAUCAAAAGGCAAGCCACCCUCAUUUGUCAUUCCCUCACUUACACACACACUCUCUCUCUCUCUCUCUCUCUGAGUCAAGACACAGACACGCACUGUAACAACAAACCCAAGACGACAAUAUAGCGAGAGAGAGAGAGAGAGAGAUAAAGAUAGGAAAAUGAGCAAUAGAGCGAACCCAGCAUACCAAAAUGGAGAGCAGAGAGGAAGACAGGAAGAAGCAGCAGCUUCAUCAUCAUCGUAUGCAAACGGUUACAAUCAGAGCCGUCCAUACUUCUACCCAACAACACCCGCACGCUCUUCUUCCGCAGCAUCUCUCAAAGGAUGCUGCUGCUGCCUCUUCCUUCUCUUCUCAUUCAUCGCCCUCUUGGUCCUCGCCGUCGUCCUCGUCGUCCUCCUCGCCGUCAAACCCAAGAAGCCACAGUUCGAUCUACAGCAGGUAGGUGUACAGUACGUGGGCAUAACGCCGUCCGCCGUGGCCGACCCAACCACCACGGCCGCCUCAUUCUCACUCACCAUCAGGCUCCUCUUCACCGCCGUCAACCCCAACAAGGUAGGGAUCAAGUACGGCGAGUCCAGGUUCACCGUUAUGUACCGUGGAAUCCCAUUGGGGAGAGCCUCUGUUCCGGGCUUCUACCAGGAUGCUCACAGCGUAAGGUCAGUUGUGGCCACCAUCGCCGUUGAUCGGGUUAAUCUUCUUCAGGCUGACGCCGCUAAUUUGAUGCGUGACGCCUCGCUCAACGACCGAGUGGAGCUCCGAAUUCUGGGUGACGUUGGUGCCAAGAUCCGAGUCAUGAACUUCGAUACCCCUGGUGUUCAGGGAGAGAUGGAGAGAGAAUGAGAGUGGCGGAGGCCGGAGGGGAAGAGGGACGGUGGUGUAGCUACGAAUUCCACUACCCUCUGCCUUUUUCUUUAUUUCUCUCUUCUUUUUUUCCUUCUUUUAAAAAUCUUGCUAACAUGCGCUGAUGAGGACGUGGGUGGUGGCUUGGUGUUUCAGAAAUCUAGUUGGUAAUUACUAAUUAGUACCACAUUGGCCACCAUGAUAACGUGCGCCGAAAGUUAUUUUGUAUCAGUUAUCGGUUUAUAUAAACUAUGGUAUCAUAUUAUUUAACGAGCUAAUUUGUAUUUUAUAGGGGUACCAACACUUGACCACUUCUUCUCUUGUAUAGCUUUAUGCCUUCUUAAACUUCUAUCUCGUCUGAUUUGAUGCUUUUUUCUGUUGGGUGUGUAAAUCUCUGCAGUUUCUGCCUAACACCAUUGCAUCAUAUGCACAUGUAUUUCCCUCUUUUGUUUUAUUACUAUUUAAAUUUUUGGGUGAUUUAAUUACACAUAUUUUUUGGUACAUCUUUCGGGCUAUACUCCUUUAGUCAUUUUCCACUUUUGAUCUUGGUUGCGCUCCUUUUGGUCUUUGGCUUCAUCUUCAAUUUAUGUACCUCUUUGUCACUGUGUGCCCAUGGCUCUUCUUGGUUAAUGGAAUAUUUCUAAUGUGUGGGGUUUCUGCCUCUUAUCUUUUCUUUUUUUUCUUUAUCCUUUAUAGUUUUACAUGGCCACUCAUGGCUUAAUCCAACCAUUAAAAUGCUGCACUCAUGUAUUCCUCACUAUCAAUUCUAUUUAU